AUGGAAACAGAUUCCAAGCCUCACAAGUAUCCCAUCGAUUGGGUACCUUGUCCGACAGUCACUUGGGUCAAGCUGGGGAUUGUGCAGGCGGCUCGAAUCAAAGCCGACGAAUUCUAUGCAAGGUCUAUCCGUGUGCUUCGGGCCACGAUCCAGAAUGGCGGAUGUGACGGUACUGAGGAUUGGCUCGUUGCCACGAUGGUCAUCCUUUGCUUGUAUGAGAAUCACCAGCCGAGCUAUAAUCCUGCGUCCGCUGCAGUACACGUCGCUGCAGCGGGCCAGGUGUUCCGCGAACGAGCAAGAAGGAAAAUGGAUGCGACAUCCAGAGGCUGGUGCCCGUCGAGCGCGCUGACGCGGUCGACUCUCGUCUUUGAUCGCAUCUUUACGGAGUCCUUCCUAUAUCAUUCCAUGCUGGUAUCUGUUCGGGACAAGAGUCUCUCACCACUUCAAGAUCCGACGCUCCGUGAUGUGUUCGACACUUAUUUCGAGCACUGUAGGCUUUCAGUGUCGCCGGAGCCGGAGAAUUGGCCAAUUUUCGGGAUGCCUUAUUCCCUCGUGCGGCUCUUCUCCGACCUCGUUGCCUCCCUCGACGAUUCGCCGAAUGCUUUCAGCAGUCGGAACCCCUCCAGCCUUCAAGAUAUUCUAAUUCAGUUGGAUACAUGGAAAAGCGACGCGAUGUUCCACAAUUACGGCCUCCACAUCACCCUCUACAUAUCGGCUGCAAAGCUCUUGGCUUAUUGCCACUUGUCUGCCUCUUCGCCCCCUUCACCAACAUCGGAAAAUUACUCCGUUCUCAUCCAGCACGAGCUAGAAGACUGCAUGGGUACGCUCGCCAGAAUUGAUUUUGCCGAAUCAGUUACGCGCUUCUUCAAUUGGCCUUUGGCGAUCAUUGACAAGGUGGUGCGAGAUCCUCGAGCGUCGCGCUUUGUCCAGCAGAAGCUCGCCGAAAUGGCUCUCGACGACCCAACAGGAAAGAAAGCUUACGACUGGGUCGCUGAAGGAUUUGAACAGAAGCUCAGUCCAGGACGUUUGACGAUGAAUCCGUAG